GAUGCGAAAGUUUUCCUGUGUAAAACGUUGGCGUGUCAAGCUUGUGCUAAACUGAUGAUCGACCGACUGAAAGCUAUUGGAUUCUUGCGAUGGAAUACGCAACUUUCAAUCAAUGUUCCGUACUCGGUUGAUACACGUCUCUGCCGACGAUUGCGAUUCUCACAACCUCAUCGGGUCAGUGUUUCGUUACAAUUUGAUCAGUCCGCACGCACUUCUUUCUGUGCAACUGUGCCGAAUUCAACCGAAACAUUCACCAAUAUUCCUCAGUUUCCAUAG